GGCGGGGAGGUGGGCAAGAUGGCGCCCGGCGAGUGAUCCUCCCCGGACAGCUCCAGCGGCCGCUGAGACACCGGCGCGGGGGGUGCUGCCCUCACUGCCGCCUUUCCUCCUCUCCCCCGCCCCCGGAGACCUCCUCCUUCCCUUUCUCCUUCUGCCUCGGGGGGGAGUGGGUGGCGGGGGGAGGCGGGCCUGGUUCCUGGGACACCAUGUCGGACUCUGAGGAGGAGAGCCAGGACCGGCAACUGAAAAUCGUCGUGCUGGGGGACGGCACCUCCGGGAAGACCUCCUUAACUACGUAUUUUGCUCAAGAAACUUUUGGUAAGCAGUACAAACAAACUAUAGGACUGGAUUUCUUUUUGAGAAGAAUAACGUUGCCAGGAAACUUGAAUGUUACUCUUCAAGUUUGGGACAUAGGAGGGCAGACAAUAGGAGGCAAGAUGUUGGAUAAAUAUAUCUAUGGAGCACAGGGAAUCCUCUUGGUGUAUGAUAUUACAAAUUAUCAAAGCUUUGAGAAUUUAGAAGAUUGGUAUUCUGUGGUGAAGAAAGUGAGUGAGGAGUCAGAAACUCAGCCGCUGGUUGCCUUGGUGGGCAAUAAAAUUGAUUUGGAGCAUAUGCGAACCGUAAAACCUGAAAAACACUUAAGGUUUUGCCAGGAAAAUGGUUUUAGUAGCCACUUUGUCUCAGCAAAGACAGGAGACUCUGUCUUCCUGUGUUUUCAGAAAGUUGCUGCUGAAAUCCUUGGAAUCAAGUUAAACAAAGCAGAAAUAGAACAGUCACAGAGGGUGGUGAAGGCAGAUAUUGUAAACUACAACCAGGAACCUAUGUCAAGAACUGUUAAUCCUCCUAGAAGCUCUAUGUGUGCAGUUCAGUGAGCGCAUUUGUCUUUUGUAUUGAUAGUUCUGGUUGCCCUUGGCCUCUGUGUGGGCCAGGGAACCUCUAGGAACUUGUUUUUAUCAGUGACCAUCUCUGUAGCUCAGUUAACACUUUCCUCUCAACUUGCUUCAUCACUGUGUGUUGCCUCAGCCUCAGGCAGCUCCUUGGACUGGAAAGAAUUCAACUUUGGGACCACACACUUUGAAUUCAAAAUGGAAAGCCCAUUCUCUGGAAUUAGACUGCUUCACCGAAAAAGAAUAAUGUUGGUACUUUUUAUGUCCUCACUUCUUUUUUCCCUGAUGUAAAUUUUUUUAAACAAAUAGGAAAACUAUCCAAGUCUUGAUCAUCAGCCAAGAUUUGGCCACAGCACAGUUUCAUACUCUUAUCUAACUCAUCCCUGGCAAAGUAUGCUUCAGAGCGCAGACAUUUAAACGAGUAAUAUAUUUUGUCUACAGAUACUUAAGAAGGCAUUCUUUUGCUGUCUGUUGUGAGUGAAAAUACAUAAAGCUGUAUCUAACUGAAAAUGCUUGAAAGAAAGCUAUAAUAGAAAUAUUUUUUUCAUUUUUUAAAAAAGAGCCUAAUUGUUUAUAUUUUAGCUGUAGCUCACAAAGUAGUGAGUAUUUGAUAUUGUAUUUUUAUUAUUGUAUCAUGGUCAUUAUGUAUUGUGUAAUACUCAGGUUAGAUGGCUUUGUGAAUUCUGAUAAAUGUUCAGCCGAUGCUCCACGUGGACUUUCUCCUGCACACUGUGUAAGAGUCCUCCCAGGAUGAGUCAUGACUGUUGGAUCAUUGUGGAUCAGACUGUACCUGAUGUUCAGAUGUUUUUCUCCUGCAAAUAAAUUUAUUUAAAUUAC